AUGGAUCGAUCGUCGAAGCUGAUUCUACGGAGACUCAUUAUAGAUUUCCUGUGCCUGUUCAUAGUUUACAAAAUCAAUACUACUCAUUACUACGGAAAUACCGUAGUUGUAAAAAUGAAAGAGUACACAAAAAUAAAAAUAUAGAAGCGUGUUAUAAUCGCGAGUAUUCCGACCGACCAAAAGUUUAAGAGUAAGAUGUAUUGAAAAUUGGUUGGAGUGCGUCGAAGACAUGCCAUCUUAAUUGAUGGUCAUACAACAUUAUCGUUAUGCGUCGGCAACGGCAACAGCGGCAACGGCAACAGCAGCUGUUUGCGGCAAGUGCAAUAAAUUGCAUGUUAAUAUUGGAGUUGACGAGACGACUUGGUUUAAUCCCGAUUAAUCGAUCGCCGACGUAGAUCAAUUCGGACGAUGACAUUAUUACGUGGGCAUGUCGGUUCUGAUGUUCUUCCUGUUCGGCAAACCUUACAAACGCGGCUUCUUCUGCAACGAUGAGUCACUCUAUCACCCGUAUCACGGAUCCACGGUUACUAGCGCUAUGCUGUACGUCACCGGCCUUUUCCUUCCUAUAUGCACGAUGAUCCUCGGAGAAUAUCUAUAUGCGAGACAUUUCUCUGGACACACGGCAAAUGUGCUUUUCGGAUACACUAUACCCCCGUGGUUGUGGAAUGCUUAUAAACAGAUCGGAGUAUUCGGUUUCGGGGCGGCCUGCACCGUUCUAACCACGGACAUCGCAAAAUACUCCAUCGGUCGAUUACGGCCACACUUCAUGAAGCUCUGCAUACCUAAUAUUAACUGCUCUCUGCCCGAGAAUCAACACGCAUAUAUCGAGGAUUUCCAAUGCACCGCGACGGGAAUCUCGGCAAAGCUUUUAAAAGAAGUCAGAUUAUCGUUCCCCUCUGGUCAUUCGUCCUUCUCGGCCUACACCAUGAUCUACCUUGCGAUGUAUCUUCAGCUAAGAAUGAAAUGGAAGGGCAGCAAAUUGCUUAAACACUUCCUUCAAUUUCUGUGCGUGCUUAUGGCCUGGUUUACCGCAAUGACACGAAUUUCCAAUUAUAAACAUCAUUGGAGUGACGUGCUCGCUGGAUCUACUCUUGGAACAAUCAGUGCUUUAAUAGUGGCAUUUUGCAUAGCCGAUCUGUUUAAAAAGGAUAGAGAAAAACGCUCCAUGGAGAAACAUCGAGGUACGGAUUACGAAGCGGAAGCUGGCGUUACCGGGACACAGAUUGUCUCUUAUGAUGAUCACGAAAUGGAUAGAUGCAGAUAGGAAGAACUUCGAUAUUAAAACCGUUCUCUGAUUCCGAAAAAAAAA